AUGUCUGAAUUACAGGCUGGUGGAGGAAGCUCAGCUACUGGUGCUGGGGAGACAAGAGUUAGGGAGCAGAAUGCAAGUAAGGUGCAAAAGAAGCUUGGUAAAGAGUGGGUGUGGGUUAACAACUACUCUCAUUCCACAAGGGGGAGAAUAUGGAUAGGUUGGAGACCUGGUUGGGUUAAUAUUACAGUUACUCAAGUGCAAGAGCAAUUUAUGCAUCAGGACCCUAUGAUAAUAAUAGGGGAUUUUAAUGCUGUUUGCAAUGCAAAUGAUAGACUUAAUGGCACUUUGAUCACUGAUGCAGAAACUGAAGACUUUCAGAAUUUCUUACUGCAAUCUAGCCUUAUUGAGUCUAAGAGUACUGGAGCAUUUUACUCUUGGUCAAAUAGCAGUGUGGGAAGUGAUAGAGUAGUGAGUAGGAUUGACAAAGCUUUUGUCAAUCAAGCAUGGUUGAGUAUGUAUACUGCAGUAGCUGUUGAAUAUUUAGCUCCUGGGGUAUCAGAUCACUCUACACUAAAGUUUGCUUUGAUGGCUGGCAAUGUACAAGGGGGAAGACCAUUUAAAUUCUUGAAUAUAAUGGCUGAGCAGGAGGAUUUUCUGCGCACUGUUGAUAAAGCCUGGUCCUCUGUACAGGGCAGUUCUAGACUUCAAUCAAUUUGGUUGAAACUCAAAGCUGUCAAGAGAGAUUUAAAGGUGAUGAAAAAGCAGAAAAUGGGGAUAGCACAGGACAAGGUGGAAGUGCUGAGACAUCAAAUAACUGAAUUACAGACUCAGGGGGAUUAUGACAGUAAUGCAGAGGCUCAACUCUAUGUCAAAGGCCUGCUGAAGGACCUGAAUCACUGGUCUCAUGUAGAAGAAAGUAUCCUUCAUCAGAAAUCCAGGAUCAACUGGUUAAAACAGGGUGAUGCUAAUACUAAACUGUUUUUUACUGCUAUUAAGGCCAGGCAUGGGCAAAAUAGAAUUGAAUUAAUAGUAGCAGAUGAUGGGAGAAUGGUAAAGGGUGCAGGUGCUAGAAGAGAGGAAAUUUUAGACUUCUAUAAGAAGCUUUUGGGAACAAGAGCCACAAGACUUCAGGGGGUGGAUCUAAAUGUUGUGAGGGAGGGACCAAGUCUCUCUAACCAGGCAAAAGAGUCACUAAUGAGAGUGAUUACAAAUACUGAAAAUGAAUGA